CUAAACAUCAGCUCUCCAAUGAAGUUCCCUCCCGCACGCGCGCGCCCCCAGACGCGCUCGUGCGUCUGUUGAGAUUAAAACGGGCGUCUCCUCGACCAGAAGCUGACCCUGACUCCGCUGAUAUGGGAACUUUUGAUUGAGAUGAUUAUCUGUAGUUUACAGUCUCUGGAAACUGUGAAUUUCCUGACAGUCUCGAGUCGCAGUUUACAGUAGAUUUUACUGUCUACUGUCGCCGCGGAAAAAUGGCAGUGAUUUCAGGGUUCAUCUUACUGUGCAUGCUCCACGCUGCAGUCCCUCAAGGUGUGGGCCCUCGUGGACCCAGGCCAGUACCCGGGCGAGGUGACAGUCCAAAUCCGACUCCACCUCCAUUCCCACCCAGACCUGAAGAUUCUGGAAUAAUCCAUUGUCCUGUCAAGCUGUUUUUCACGCUCGACACUUCAGAGACUAUCGCCUUACAGGAGGCGCCUCCUGGCAGCCUGGUGACGAAAGUGAAGGAGUUCACCAAGAUGUUUGCCCAGGAGCUGAAUGAUGAGUUGUACAAGGGCCACGUCCAAAUCUCCUGGUCCAUAGGAGGCCUGAACUUCUCCGAGACACAGUUUAUCUUCAGUCAGUUCACAAACAAGGAGACCUUCAUCAGGAACGUUACAGGGAUUAUAUACGAGGGCAAAGGCACCUUCACCGACUGCGCCCUUGAAAGAAUGGCUAAGUACAUGACCGAACACUCCACAGGGACGAAGUCUGUGCUCUUCUCUGUGGUCAUCACUGAUGGCCAUGUGACAGGAAGUCCAUGUGGAGGGAUAAAGGCAAUGGCAGAGAAGGCCCGGGAGAAAGGGAUCCAAAUUUUCUCAGUGGCAGCGUCCAGGAGCAUUGAUGACUUGGGGAUGAAAGAGAUAGCCAGCUCUCCUGCUGAAGUGUACCGUGAUGACUACAUAGUUGUGGACAUCAUUAAUGACAAACCCCGAAUAGUGACUGAAUCCAUCCAACGUAUCAUAAAAGCCAUGAAAUAUCAAGCCUAUUUACAGUGUUAUGAACAUAAAUGCUUUGAGACUCCUGGACUUCCUGGGCCAAAAGGCUAUCGAGGUGCAAAAGGUUUAAAAGGAGACAGAGGUCUUCCUGGGCCAAGCGGUGAAAAGGGUAGACCGGGUGAUCCUGGCAUUGAAGGUCCGAUCGGACAACCCGGUCCAAAGGGAGAGGUUGGUUUGAAAGGUGACAAGGGUGAAUUUGGAGCAAUUGGAGCAAAGGGUGCGGCAGGAGUACCUGGCAAGAAUGGAACUGACGGUCAAAAGGGUAAAAUUGGCCGCAUUGGAGCCCCUGGUUGCAAAGGUGAUCCAGGUGACGAGGGACCAAAUGGUUACCAUGGAGAAGUUGGUGAGACUGGACCACCUGGUGACAAAGGAGAAAAGGUCCGUAUUAAAUACAAACUGCGAUCUUUGUCUCCCCUUUAA